CCCCCGUGAGGCGGCGGUCGGGAUGGGGGCGGCUGCGAGGCGGGCCGGCCCGCGGGCGCUGCUGCUGCCGCUGGCGCUGGCCGUGGCGUGUGCGGCGCGCAGCGCCGACGGGCCCAGCAACAUGUCCUACGUGAAGGAGACUGUGGACAGGCUGCUCCAAGGCUACGACAUCCGCCUCCGCCCGGACUUCGGAGGUCCGCCCGUGGAUGUGGGCAUGCGGAUAGAGAUCGCCAGCAUCGACGUGGUCUCGGAAGUCAACAUGGACUACACCUUGACCAUGUACUUUCAGCAGUCCUGGAGGGAUAAAAGGCUCUCUUAUUCUGGAAUACCUUUGAACUUAACUCUGGACAACAGAGUGGCCGACCAGCUCUGGGUGCCGGACACGUAUUUCCAGAAUGACAAGAAAUCAUUUGUCCAUGGGGUUACAGUGAAAAACCGAAUGAUCCGACUCCAUCCAGAUGGGACAGUCCUUUAUGGCCUACGGAUCACAACAACAGCUGCUUGCAUGAUGGAUCUACGCAGAUAUCCUCUGGAUGAACAAAACUGCACACUAGAAAUUGAAAGUUAUGGAUACACUACUGAUGAUAUUGAAUUUUACUGGAAUGGAGGAGAGUCAGCAGUGACAGGAGUUAAUAACAUCGAGCUCCCACAAUUUUCUAUUGUGGAUUACAAGAUGGUAUCAAAAAGAGUGGAAUUUACAACAGGAGCAUAUCCUCGACUAUCACUUAGCUUCCGGCUUAAAAGAAAUAUUGGAUACUUCAUUUUGCAAACCUAUAUGCCUUCCAUGCUGAUCACAAUUCUGUCAUGGGUGUCUUUUUGGAUCAAUUAUGAUGCCUCUGCAGCCAGAGUUGCUCUAGGAAUCACGACUGUGCUGACCAUGACCACCAUCAGCACCCACCUCAGGGAGACCUUGCCAAAGAUUCCCUAUGUCAAGGCAAUAGAUAUUUACCUGAUGGGAUGCUUUGUGUUUGUGUUCCUGGCCUUGCUGGAAUAUGCCUUUGUAAACUACAUAUUCUUUGGGAAGGGACCUCAACGUCAAAAAAAGACAGCAGGCAGAGCAGGACAUGCUACAGGAGAGAAGAGCAGACUAGAAACAAAUAGAGUCCAGGUUGAUGCCCAUGGAAACAUGCUUCUGGAACUGCUUGAACUACGAAAUAACAUUUGCACCAUCUUCCACGAGCCCCGAGCCACUACACACACGUACGACAGUGCCAGCCUGCAGCACAGAAGAGCCACUUCCAGCAGGGACCUCUACAGCAGGAGUGCUCUGGACAGGCACAGGCUCCAUAAAAAAGGACACUUACGCAGGAGGGCAUCCCAGAUCAAAGUCAAAAUCCCUGAUUUGACUGAUGUUAACCUGAUAGACAAGUGGUCUAGAAUGGUCUUUCCCAUCAUGUUUAUUCUUUUUAAUGUUGUUUACUGGCUGUAUUAUGUCCACUAA